CGCCCAUCGUCACGCUCCGUCACGCAUACUCUCUCGCACACCUGCUUCUAUUUCUCUGCUCUCUCAGUCUCUGAAGCCUCACGCCAGUCGCGCAUUGUCGCGCCCGCCCAAUGUCGGCGCCACACGGCGGAACGCCGUCUUCUGCGCUGCUCUCGAACCAGAUGGAGCUUAUGACCUCCAUGCAUGAUCACGCGCCGCGGGAGCCGAGUCAGCUCGGCAAAGCAGAACAUCUGGCGCUGCGUCGGACGGACAACAUGCUUUGGGAGCUCAAGGCUGCGGUCCUGCAGCCGUCGCCGGCGUCCGCUCGCGCACAGGAAGCCAACAACGUCUGCCUCUGGCUCGCGACAGAUGCUGGGCUCCAUCCGGAAUGGGGACGCACCAAUCUGCGUGCGGCCUUGAGAUUCAUGGCCGAGCAGACGCGCAUCCAGUACGUCGCGCUCGAAUGCCUCAAGGCCUUUGCGGACGACCAGGCGGAGGUGCUUCACAUCUGCUGGACCUUCUACAUGGAUCUGGCGCACCUGCUCGAUGGCUUCAACAGCGAGAUCAGCAUGGAGCUUCGGCUGAUGGCGGCACAGUGCGAGGCGCAGCAAGACGAGCCGCUCGACAAUCCCGCACUGCGCGUCUCAGCCUCCAGCGAGCUGGCCAUCGAGUUGGCAGAGCAGCUCGAGCAUGAUGUGCUGCACCCUGAAGACGCGUGGGAGGACGUAGAGAGCGAGGAGUCUGCGGACGAGACGGAGGAGAAUGAGAUUGAGGAGGAGGGCAGUGAGAUAAGCGAGGGCAACAGCGAGGGAGAGAGCGAUGAGAGCAGCGAUGGAGGAGAAGAUGGCGACUGAGCCUCGAGAGGCGAUGGGCGAGGCUUGACGCUCAGCGUCUCGACAAGACCGCAGUCAUCAUCAUCCUGCCGUGCUACCGCCAGCCACACGACGUGAGCUCAUCAAGCCUCCGGCAUCGCUCGCAAGGCAUAUCACUCUUUUCUCUCCACGGCCUCGCCUCCUCAUCAAGACUUCGACUCUCGCACACCACGUCACCGGUCCUCGUCAGCAGUAUCGUCCCACAUCACACCCGCCGAACACAUCCGCGUCACCGCCCUCUGUAGCCCCUCACGUCGUUUCAUGAUCAUCCG